CGCCGUUUGUGUCAGAAAUAUUUUGCAGUUUUGUAACAUUCGCAUAUUAUAUAGUUCAAACGGGAUAACCAAAGUUUGCUUAUUGUUGAACUGUUAUGACGUUGGAUUUAUCUGGUAUCCAUUAUUUUGUUUUCCCUCCUCCCUCCUCCGCCAUGAUGUUUUCUAAGUGAACAGCGGAGCUAGCUAACCAGCUAGUUUAACGUUAGCUGUCAGGCUGCAGACUGUUGUGGAAGGGAGGCGCGAUGGAUGGAUGCUUUGCCCCGCUCCGUUUUACAUAUUUUUUUAGUAAAACAGAAUGCGCCGACAACAUUUACUAACUGAUAUACUCCGCGCUGUUGCGGAGGGCUGCUAACUCGCAGCGCUACGUUAAUACAUGACCAAGGAGCAACGAUUUUUGGUUACAGUUUGAAGAUUAACGCUAGCUGAGGCUGUUUAAGUGGCUACACAGCUAGCUCCUCCUUGCUGUCUACCAUCGCAUUCUUGUGUCUCCUGCCCCAGGAAUGUUUUCCAAAAAGCCUCAUGGGGACGUUAAAAAAUCAACACAGAAAGUGUUGGACCCAAAGAAGGACGUGUUGACGAGGCUGAAACAUCUCAGAAUAGUCAUAGAAAAUGCAGAGCCGUCAGAGCUGAAACAGUUCUUUGACCAGAACUACUCCCAUAUCUACUAUGUCUUCUUUGAGAACUUUGUCACCAUUGAGGUCAGCCUCAAGCAAAAAGGUCAUAAGUCUCAGAGGGAGGAGCUGGACUCAAUUCUCUUCAUCUUUGAGAAAAUACUCCAGCUCCUGCCAGAGAGAAUCCAGAGCCGAUGGCAGUUCCACAGCAUCGGGCUGAUCCUCAAAAAGCUGUUGCACACUGGGAAUUCUCUGAAGAUCCGUCGUGAAGGUGUGCGCUUGUUCUUGCUGUGGAUGCAGGCGUUGCAGAGUAAUGCGGAGCGUGAGCAGCUCUGCAUGUUCGCCUGUUUGAUUCCUGGCUUCCCAGCUCCGCUCUGCCAUGGGACCCCACGCACCCUGGACACUCUGAUUAACCCGCCGCUAAGUUUAACAGAGACUCAGGUAACCCCGGAAGAGAUCACUCCAUUGGUUCCUCCCCAGUCAGGUGACAAGAACCAGGAAGACCUCACUGCUUACUUUUUAGAAGCGCUACUCAAAUACAUGGUAAACCAGGCCAAGUCUCUUGAGUGGCGUUGUAAAGAGAACCAUGAACGUGGCUUCAGCUUCCUCUUUGGUCACUUCAGGAAGUUUUACCUUCCUCACAUCUUCCCCAACUUCGCCAUGGAAACCAGUCUCUAUAACCCAAUACUGGACGUGCCUCCGAUGCGUCCUAAGCCCUACUACAGCGUGGUGCGCAGGGAACAAGACGGGAGUGAAACAGUGUAUUGCACCAAGGAAAGCUUCCUUCAGGCCCGAGUCAUCUUCAUCCGCUGGCUGGUGUCUUUCUGGCUCGAGCCACGACCCAAUGCACACACGCACAUCCCAGGAACAGAGGGAGAAAAUGUCCCUAAGAACAUACAGCGAGCAGCAGCCGGACUGGCAGCUCGCUCUGCAGGCAGCUCAGACGACGGGGGUGGAGGUGGGAUUCGGUCUGACAGCCACCUGGAAGGUAGUGGGUGCUCAUCUGGAUCAGGUGGAGGCAGCAUGGGGCUCUCUGGGGGUCCAGGGACUGGAGGGGAGCCUGAACAAAGCCACUCCAACACAUCCACGCUGACAGAGAGGGAGCCCAGCUCCUCUUCACUCUGCUCCAUCGAUGAAGAGCAGCUGACAGACAUGGAGGUGGUGAGGAGAGUACUGACCAGCUCCAGAACCAACGUCAACUUCAUCACUGAGAUCUUUAGACAGGCGUUUCUCCUUCCCAUGUGUGAAGCUGCAGCGAUGCGUAAAGUGGUCCGUGUUUACCAGGAGUGGAUUUCCAUGGAGGACAGGCCAGUGUUUAUGAAGGAGCCAGAAGAUGGCCCCUAUCCCACAACCAGCAGCCUGGAUUCAGGCUCUCAGCUCGGAGACAAGGAGGAUGAGGGAAUGAACAAGGCUGUUGACAGUGAAUUACUGGAGUACAACGUUCAUGCUGGAGUUCAGACUACACUACAGGUAUUUAUCACCCACUCCUCCAAUGUUUUCCUAUUGGAGCCAGCCAAUGACAUCAAGAUCCUUUUGGAGGAGCAUGUCGACAUGUGCAAGCGAGUCCUGAACAUCUACCGCAGCCUUGUCAUGCAUGAGACCAUGGACCAGAAAACAUGGGAGCAGGUGCUACUGGUUCUACUGAGGGUAACGGAGUCAGUGAUGAAAAGACCUCCAUCCAUCAUGCCCCAGGGCAAGAAGAGCAACACACUGUCAGGCAGACUGGCUGGACCUAUCUUUCAGACACUGAUAGUAGCCUGGAUUAAGGGGAACUUAAACGUCUACAUCAGCAGAGAACUGUGGGACGACCUCCUCUCCGUCCUCUCCUCUCUUACGUGCUGGGACGAACUGGUCACUGAGUGGUCUCUCACCAUGGAGACCUUGACCAAGGUUUUGGCCAGGAACCUGUACAGUGUUGAUCUGAAUGAGCUGCCUCUGGACAAACUCAGUGAACAAAAACAGAAGAAACAUAAAGGAAAAGGUAUAGGUUCAGAGGGCCAGCGGCAGAUUGUGGAUCGAUCCUUCUCUAAAGGCUGGAGCAGAGACCAACCAGGUCAGGCAGCAGCCAUGAGGCAGCGGAGCGCCACCACCGCUGGCUCACCAGGCAUUGAAAAGGCCAGGAGUAUUGUCCGCCAGAAAACUGUAGCCCUGCGUAGCUGCUCUACGGGGGACUCUCUGCUGUCCUCAGCCUUUAUCCGCAGUGCUAAGAGUGCUCCUGCUCUGGCUCCGCCUCUUCCUGUCCUCCUACACCACCACCACCCUUUACUACCCACCCUUGCCGACCAGCUGGCAGACCUUGAGGACCCGCCAAUCACGCUGACAUCCCGCACCUCUCGGAUGCGCCACUCUUCCCAGAGCGACGAGGCGCCUCCCACCUCCUGUUCUGAGGUCUUCCAGGGAGUGGCCUGUGACCUGGAUGGCCCGGCUCCUUCUUCCCUUGCAAGGAGCAGCAGUGCCUCUGACAUCAUGGAGCCUUUCAUCGCAGAACGGGUCAAAGGUGAAGGCCCACAGAGGGAUCCUACCUCGAUUCCAACUCCCCCUCACCACCACUCCACAACUUCUUCCUUACUUGUAGCCAACAGCCACGCAGCUCAACCACUCCCACACACCCCCACCUCCCCCUCUCCUACCCCUCUAACCUUCUCCAAUGGUGUUAUGUCCUCAUCCUUAGAGGGACAAGAUGAUGGUAGUGGUUAUGACCAGUUCUGGCACCAGAUUGGCUCUCGAAGCCAAGGUUCUGGUACGGAUUGGGUGAGCGACUGGGAUUCUGCUUUCACCUUUUCAUCUGAAAAGGACUUAGAUGUAGAAGAGAGUGAAAUGGGGGCUGGGGUAGAGGAGGAUGAUUUAAUCUCCUCUAUUAGGGACUACCUCACUAACAAAGGAGGUGAGAGGAAGGAGGAGGCAAGAGAGAGAGAUAGUCCUGGUCAUUUACUAGAAAACAGUGUGGCAACUUUACCUGUACCUGUUCAAACAGGGGUUGCUAGAACACAUAUGGAACACACGGGGCAUGUAGCAGAGGUAAGAGAGGAAAGAGAGACUUGUAAAGAGGACAGACAGGUAAGUAAAUCAGUGAGACAUAGCAGUGUGGAUUCAGCAGAGGAGAAUGAAGCAGAGCAGCGAAGCAUCUAUGAGUGCCUGGAAUUGCAGUGUCAGUGGCCGUCACCCAGUGCUAGAGGGAGUGCUAGCUUAGAAAGACACACUGGGGAGAAAAAGGGAGGAGGAAAUACAGGAAAGGCAGAAGGAUGGGAAGGGAAAUAUGAUGGAUGGAGGGAAAGAGGAGAAGGGAAACAGGGUGAUAAAGACACAGCAGCAAGUGAGAGGUCUGUUUUCAUUAAACAAGACACUAACACAAUAGAAUCUAGCACUGAGUCAAAUCAAACACCCCAAACUUCAGACCAAACUAAGGCCAAGAUGUCCCGUAGUAGCAACAAGAGACACCAUUCUGGGGGUGUUCAUGUCAGCUUUCGGCCCUCGACUGAGUCAGUCCAGUUCCACAACCCCCUUGAGAGUAAAGAGGCCCACUGGAAAGCAAGGCUGCGCCGCCUCAGUCACUUCCACACUCACAGCCACUCAGCUGGGGAGAGGCCUGGGGCCGGAGCUGGGUUAGGGUCAGGUGCGAAGCUGGCAGCAGGAGGAUCAGGUAAGUUUGGCUCUGUGGCUGGGAUUAGCCAUAGAGCAGGUGCACAUGAGAAAUUAGCCUCUGGGACUGUUUCGGAUAACAGCGGGGCAGGGAACGCAGCAAUGUCGGGAGGUCUUGAAAACAGGGCUGGGACUGGAGGGGACAAGGACAGGCAACAUCCUGGAUCCUGUGUGGGAUCCAUCCUGGGCUCUGAGGCUCCCUCAGAGGUAUUAUCAAGCAAUUCAGGUGUGCGCGGCCGCUUGGGUCGCUCCGCCUUGCGAUCCCGAGCCUCCCGCUCAAGGUCCCAGGAGCCUGGCAGCACUGCCUCACGACACCACCAGGGGGCUCUUCUUGGUGGCGUCUAUAAGACUGUUGUUCACGCUCUGUCUUCAAAGCCACGGCCCCGAGGUCAGGGGUCAUCCCAAGGCUCAUCGCCACAACGGCAGAGCCGGGCUGCCAUGGGUGACGCAUCGCUCAGAGACCUCUACUCCCAUGUCCUGGGCUACUUUGGGCGAAAGACGACAACGCCAGCCAAUAAAGAGGAGGUGGUCCAGAAGGCUCGUCCAGUCUCCAGUGACGUAGGAAGCACAAACCCGAACUUCUCUGACCUCAUGGAUGAGUUUAUCCAGGAGAGGCUGAGGGCAAAAGGAACAGCGGGUCGUCGUGGCAGCAGCCCUGGAAGUCUGGAAGUUCCCAGGGACCUGCCGGAGCUCCUGGAGGCUGGUCAGAGUCCUGGAUCGCGACCCACAGAUGAUCUCCGUCCCAUCGAUGAUCCAGGGGUUCCCUCUGAAUGGACAUCACCUGCAAGUGCCAGCGGUUCUGAUGUCAUCAGCUCAGACAGCCAGUCGGACUCCUUUAAUGCCUUUCAGUACUCCACCUGCAAAUUUGAUAAUUUUACUUUCAGUACAGAAGCUUGUGGAGGAGGAGUUGGAUCUGGGGGAGGAGGUCGAGGCAGCUCACUGGACCAGGACAGUUUGGGAGGGGGUGUGGCCUGCGAUGAACAUGAAGUAGCCAGUUUGACAACACUUCAUAUCGACUCGGAGACCAGCAGCCUCAGCCACACUGUCACUGUUACUGGUUCAGAGAGUGCAUCUCCCAUGCAUUCCCUCGGUGGCUCUCGCUCCCAGACGCCCUCCCCUGCCACACUGACAGCAGAGCACCCCGAUCACACACACUCCCACCCACACACACACCUACAGCUGGACCAGAAGCUCCACAACUCUGUGUUGCAGACACCAGAUGACCUGGAAACUAGUGAGUUCCCCAGCGAGGACUGCAGUGUCAUGGCGGGUGGCUCUCUAACUGGAUGGCACGCAGAUGUUGCCACGGUAAUGUGGCGGAGGAUGCUGGGUAUCCUGGGGGAUGUCAAUAGCAUCAAAGACCCAGAGAUCCAUGCGCAGGUCUUCGACUAUCUGUGCGAACUGUGGCAAAACCUGGCCAAGAUAAGAGAUAAUCUGGGCAUUUCUCUGGACAACCAGUCAUCUCCCCCUCCCCCUGUCCUCAUCCCACCCCUAAGAAUCCUCACCCCCUGGCUCUUUAAGGCCACCAAGCUGACAGAGCGUUACAAACAGGGGAAGCUUCAUGCCUACAAACUGAUCUGCAGGAUCAUGAAGAGACGGCAAGACGUUUCCCCAAACACAGACUUUCUCACACACUUCUACAACAUCAUGCAUCAAGGACUACUGCACCAAGACCAGGACAUUGUGAACACCAUCAUAAAACACUGCAGUCCCAGGUUCUUCAGUAUCGGUCUACCUGGAGCCACCAUGUUGAUCAUAGACUUCAUUAUUGCAGCUUCCAGAGUCACGGCCUGCUCAUCACUCAAUGCUCCAAGAGUGGAGGCCCAGAUCCUGCUGGGAUCUCUGGUGUGUUUUCCCAACUUGUAUGAGGAGCUUCCAGCCCUCCAUCCCACCACAGCUGACGUGGUGCUUACCAAAUUCCCUGAUGUCAAGGAGCACAUUAUCAAAACCAUCCUGACCUCUGCCAGGGACGAACCCUCUGCUCCUGCUAGGUGUGUGGCUCUGUGUAGUCUGGGUAUCUGGCUGUGCGAGGAGUUGGCUCACGGGACUCAACAUCCACAGAUUAAAGAUGCUCUCAACGUCAUCUGUGUUACUCUGAAGUACCCCAAUAAGAAUGUAGCACUGGUGGCGUCGGACAUCCUUCACCUCCUGAUCAGUCAUGUGGAUCAUCUUCAGAAAUUCCCCCCUGACACUCCGAAGAAGAUCGUCGAGAUUUUGAUCGCCACCAUCACACACUUGCUGCCUACUACUGAGUCUUCUCCUCAUGAACUGGAUAAAAGGCUGGUAGUGUCCCUCUUGUUGUGUCUGUUGGACUGGGUGAUGGCUCUGCCUCCAAAGACUCUUCUUCAACCUGUUCAAACCCGAAGCCCUCCAGAGAAGGAGCAGCCAACCAAGACUCUGCUCAGCUGUAUUUAUAAGGUAUUACAUGGUUGUGUGUAUGGAGCCCAGUCUUUCAACAGUCCCAAGUAUUACCCGCUGCAACUGUCGGACCUGUUGAGUCCAGACUAUGACCCAUUCCUGCCAUUAGAGAGCCUCCGAGAACCAGAACCGCUGCACAGCCCAGACUCGGAACGCUCCAGCAAACUACAGCCUGUCACUGAAGUUCGAAGCCGUAUUCAGCAGGGUCUGGUUUCCAUUGCAGCAAGAACAGUUAUCACACACUUGGUCAACCAUCUAGGACAUUAUCCAAUGUCUGGAGGGCCUGCUACUCUGUCUAGUCAGGUGUGUGAGAACCAAGACAACCCAUUCUGUGAGAGUGCAGAUCUGGGACCAGAGCUUUUCCAUUCACCAAACCUACAGUUUCUAGUUCUGAAUGGCUCCACACUGCUCUCCGUAUAUCAGAUCCGAUCAGAAUCUGGUGUACCCGGAGGGGGAAUGACAGCUGGUUUGUCCUCUGCUCCCGCUUGUGUGCGUGUCAUCAUCCGAGAUGUAGCUGGAAAACACUCCUGGGACUCUGCUGUUCUCUACGGGCCUCCACCAUGUUCCCCAAACAGCCCAACACACACAUUUUUGUCACACACACAAUCACCUCAUAGUGGUAAUCUUCAUUUACACACUCCACCAGGAGGUCCAACGAAAAAGCUGGGAGUGAAGAGAGAAGAUAGUGCAGAGGAGGGGCAGGAGGAGAUUGAGGAAGAUGAGGGGGGAAGAGGGAUGGAGGGUGAAAGGCAAGGGUUUCAGGAAGAGGGGGAGGAUGAAGGAGAGGAGAGGAAAGUCACUGAGGAGGGGAUUGCAGAUCGAAGAGGAGCUGAAGAAGAGGGGCAAGAGGAGGAGCAGGAAGAGGAGAGGAUUGAGCAUAGGAUGGAUGGGGAGGGGGAUCGAGGGGAGUCAGGCUUGGAGCAGCUUCUAGCUCCGCCAUUGGCUAAGCGUGUGUGUCGGGAGGCAGUGCCAGCAUGGGAUGCACUGAGGGAUGGAGACGAUGCACUGGAUGAAAUGCUGCAGUACCUGGGAUACUCGAGUCCUGAGUGUCUACAGAGAGCAGGCAUGCCGCUCAACAUCCCAGCCCCUCCUCCAGCAUGUGUUUCAGAAAAGCAGGAGAAUGAUGUGAUCAAUGCCAUCCUGAAGCAGAGUGCUGCUGAAAGAGAGUUCGUCCUUCAUAGAGGCGAGGAGCUGAACAUGAGGGCAGUGCAGCAGACUGAACCAGAGACCGAGACACCACAGUCAGCGUUCUACUACUGCAGACUACUGAUCAACAUACUGGGACUCAACUCCUGGGAGAAGAGGAGUAACUUUCAUUUGUUGAGGAAGAAUGAGAAGUUGCUGAGAGAGCUGAAGAACCUGGACUCACGGCAGUGCCGUGAGACACAUAAAAUAGCAGUAUUUUAUGUGGCCGAGGGCCAAGAGGACAAACACUCCAUAUUAACCAACACAGCGGGCAGCCAGGCUUAUGAGGACUUUGUCUCUGGACUAGGUUGGGAGGUUGACCUCACCACUCACUGUGGUUUCAUGGGAGGUCUGCAAAGGAAUCGCAGCACAGGCCAGACUACGCCUUACUAUGCCACCUCCACCACCGAGGUUAUCUACCACGUCUCCACCCGCAUGCCCCACGACCAGGACCACAACCUCACCAAGAAGCUAAGACACCUGGGUAAUGACGAGGUCCACAUUGUUUGGUCGGAACAUUCCAGAGACUACCGGCGAGGGAUCAUCCCCACAGAGUUUGGAGACGUGCUAAUCAUCAUCUACCCCAUGAAGAACCACAUGUACUCCAUCCAUAUACUCAAAAAGCCAGAGGUGCCAUUCUUUGGUCCACUGUUUGACGGUGCCAUAGUGGACAUGAACAUUUUGCCCACCAUGGUCAGAGCCACAGCGAUCAAUGCCAGUCGAGCUCUCAAAUCCCUCAUCCCCCUCUACCAGAACUUCUAUGAGGAACGAGCCCGAUACCUAGAAACUAUCGUACAGCACCACCAGGAGCCAACCACAUUUGAGGAUUACGCAGCUCGAGUCUACAGUCCUGCUCCCUGCACACACCUGCCCUCUGACUCAGGCUCCUGCCUAGAGAUUCUUCGGGGAGAAAGUCCGGCUCUUGGGGAGGCCGGGAGCGACUCUGCGUCCCCCAUGUCUCCUCGGACUAGCAAGAGCCGCAUGUCGAUGAAGCUGCGGCGCUCCUCUGGAUCGGCCAAUAAGACUUAAACUGUAAUCACAUUACACAGCCCAGUCUGAACAGAUCUCCAGAGGAAAUUUGGUCUGCAGUUGUACUUAAAAGUACCAAAAAUGAAUCAUGACACACAUGUAAAUUAACCGCUGUGGGGAAUUCACAUAUAUAUUCCUUUCCAAUAGGGAAAAUGAUGGGUGAUGUUCUCAUGAAUGAGCGUAACCGUCAUGGGGUGUCAGUAGAAUCUGCCUCGGCAGAAUGCUUUGUCACACAGUUGUGUGUUGUGUCUCAAAAACACAUGUAAUAGUAUUCUGUGGACUAUAUUACACUGUCCGUUUAUUUGAAAAUUGCUCACAGCUGCUGAAUUUAUCCUUGGCUUUGCUCUGAAAACCUCAGAACCCAGUGCUGCAGCAUGCUGAUCUUUGUUACAGUAGAAACAGCUGAACAAGUGCAGCCUGAGCAGUGCAGUAUUACUUCAUUAUAAUCUGUGCCAUGUUAGAAAUCGCACAACACCAGUGUAACCGGGACUGUUAAAAGCUUACGUGUGCCACAUUAUACACUGUUAUUUUCUUUUUUGUUUUUGUUUUUGUUUCGGAGAGCACAUUCAAUGAGAUCAACCUGCCGAACAAAGAGGAAUAAGACAGCAGAGGUCGGACGUUGCUAUGGGGAAUCUGUAUAUUUGUACUAUAGUUGGUCCAUGUGUGUACAGACAGAAUCAUGAGUUUUGAUAUAAAAAGAAUGAAUUCUGAAUGAGUGCACCGGUAGUGUUGCAUGGAGAAAGCAAGAUAAAAGUCUAUUUUUGCUCUCAGUACACAAUUAGGCCUGUAAUAAAAAUAAAGGCAGGGGUCAGUUUCUAUUCAGUCCUCAUAAAAUGUAAAUAGAAACUCAUUCAUUUGGUAACAAUAAAACAAAAACUUAAGUCGUGGAUGGGCAGCGCUCUCAAGCCAAAAAUGUUCUGUGUUGAAAUCCAGAAGAAAAUCCCCUCUUUGAACUUGUGGGACUGAGAGCUGACCCUUGGAGCGAGGCGAUGUGAGAAUCAGUGUUAAAGUAAAGAUGGAGCGACUGGUCGUCUGAUAAAGGAGAAAAAAGCACUUUCUCCAAAAUUAAUAAGAGAAACAGAUCAAAGAGGAAGCACUUGUUACGUUAAUUUUUUUUUUUUUUUGUGUGUGCUCAUGCUGUAAAAUGUGGACAAGCACUGAUGUUCAUUCAAUUUAUUGUCGGGUUUUUUUUCCCUUUUUUUAAUUGACUGUAAAAUAUGUUUUGACUCGAACAAGAAUGUUGCUGUAUUUUUAAGUUCAGUGUCGCUCUGUCAUCUGAUGCAAUGGAACCACAGCUUUUCUUUCUUUGUUCCUUUGACUAUAUAUUCUGUAUAUCUAUAUAUGUAUGAGUAUAAAUAUAUAUAUACAGUAGAUAUAUGAAUAUCUAUAAGGAUGUGUACAGUGUGAGGAGGCUUGUUGUGUAUAUACUGUAAUGUGAGAAUAGCUGCCAAAGCCAAACUGUGGUUUAACUUGAGACCACAUAUUCACUUAUAAUGGGUUGACACUACAAGAUUUUAUGCUUUUUUCCUUUUCAUAACCAGUUUGCACUUCAUUCUCUAGGAAUCUAAAGGUAAUUUCAUUUUAGUGCUCUUCUAUACUGUCGAUGUGCAUAACCUUGAUACCACAGUCUGAUUCGGGAAGUCUUAGGCCAUCAUUUUCCUCACUUUUCAUUGUUGACAUACUGCUAAACGAGUCUUCUAUGGCAGGUUUAGUUGUGGACUGAUAUUGAUAAUUAAUUUUCACCACCUUGGUGGUGGUGGAAGGAUAAAAGACAAAGUGUAUAAAAGAGAAAUGCUGUAGAAACAAGGCCAAAGAAGAAGAGAAAGGAGACUCAUCGCCUAGAAAUGAAAUAGGAAUGGUUUUGUGCUGCUUCUCUUUUUUUUCUUAUCUUUUUUUUUUUAAACUCCGCUCUUAUAUUUAGACUCAUCCCCAGUUCCAGUUCUGGAUGGAGGGGAUCCGCGUGUUAUCACAGUCCAGAAAAUUUAACACUACUAUUUGUGUAUGUAACUUCCUCAUUUCAGCACUCCAUCAGCUCAGCUCAAAUAAAACUGACAGGAUUUCAGAUUGGCUUACAUCAUUCAUGUACUUCAGGUUUUUUCUUUAUAAAUGGUCACAGCUGUGGUUCUCCAGGGUUUGUCAGGAUUGAACGAUUUUCCGUUUGUUUUACUUGCUGGCUUGUUUGCCACGUUUCUCCAUGAAUUCCUUUUCUCCAUGGCCUGACUCCUGGUAAAGGAAACAUACAUAUAUAUAAGAUCUUUAUUUGAAAAUAUAGAUCUGAGUUAAAGGUUUUGCAUUAUGCUUCACUGCCUGGAGAAAAUGUAUUCAUAACUGUAUUUUCUGUUACUGUUUGAUUUUUGAUUUCAGCCAUAGAUUCUCUGUAGAGAGAAAAGGGAUUAUUAAACCUUUUUUUUUUUACCCCUCUGUGGGGUUGAAAUUGUUACAGAUUUACCAGUGUAAUAUGAGGUCAAAUUCACAUUGUGUUACUUUGUGUGUGAAUAUUUGAAGUCAGCUGAGAUUUGAGUUGUCCCUUUAAAUUAUUGCUGUUACAAUUAUUAUUAAUGCUGAGGCUAAAGCACCAUUGAUUGGUUGCGACACGUGGUCUCGUAGCCCCACGGCACUCUGGGACUGAUCUGUACAUGCUGUAUGUAGACCACCUGCGUGUCACCGACUGCGUCUCAAUUGGCCUGGUUUAAUCCUGUAAACACUCUGACAAUCUGAACCUGUUUACACCACAUCCUGAACUCUGUCCCAGUACCUUACACUCCUUUAUACUGUUAGGAUUAAAAUACCAGUGACUCCACAAAAUCACUGGAGUCGUGAUGGUGUUUUUAUAGCCCCAUGAUUGGCAGCAACCAAAAUACACAGAAACCCUCCAUCAACCGCAGAAAUGUCCCUUCAUAUAUAAAAAUUGUAACUUCUGUGCCCGUGACAAUGGACGCUCUGAGCGUGAGGGCUGUGAUGCAUACAGGUUCAGCCGUUGUCCAGAUGUUAGUUUGGAGACAACGCUGAUGUAUGUAACUACUGACUGUACAUACUGCAUGACUCCAGUCCAGUACUAACUGCAUGUGUUAUGGAACAGCUGUAUCACAACACACACGUGCACGCUCGCACACAUACUCCUCAAACUAUGUUACUGUCAGACCUGUAGUAUGUAAACGUGUAAUGUCUCUUUUGGACACAGAGAGCGUGGAUGUGCGAUGAUGGAAUUUGACAAUAAAUGAUUCGUACCACUUGA